AUGACGGGAAAAGCCACCGAGGAGACCCCUGCCGGUGGUCCAGAGGAGAUGGCUGCCGAGGCUGCCAAGAUGCCCACCACAGAGCCCUCGGCAGAAGGGGCAACAUCAGAGCCCACCCAGGAGCCCACUGGGGAGGAGCCGGCACCCCAGCCACAGGAACCAGCAACUCAGACACCUGCCCCCGCCGCCCUCGCCGACACGAAACCUGCACCUCCCAGCGAAGAUGUUCCCAGCGCGCCGCUGCUGCUGGUCGUGGAGGAUGUGAGUGACAGCUCUGUGACCGUAAGCUGGGAGCCCCCAGACAGCCUCGGGCGGCUGGGACUCCAGGGCUAUGUGCUGGAGCUCUGCAGAGAGGGAGCCUCGGAGUGGGUGCCGGUGACCCCCCGGCCCAUGAUGGUGACCCAGCUGACGGUCCGGAACCUGGCUUUGGGGGACAAGUUCUUGCUCCGUGUGGCUGCGGUGAGUUCUGCGGGGGCUGGCCCCCCAGCGGUGCUGGACCAGCCUGUGCACAUCCGGGCCAUCAUAGAGGCCCCCAAGAUCCGUGUCCCCCGCCACCUUCGUGAGACCUACAUCCGCCAGGUGGGAGAGACGGUCAACCUGCAGAUCCCCUUCCAGGGGAAUCCCAAACCUCAGGCCUCGUGGACACACAACGGCCAGGCCCUGGACAGUCAGAGGGUGAACGUGCGAACGGGGGACCGGGACUCCAUCCUCUUCAUCCGCUCAGCCCAGCGUGCCGACUCUGGCUGCUACGAGCUCACGGUGCGGCUGGAAGGCCUGGAGGCCAAGGCAGCCAUCAACAUCCUGGUGAUUGAGAAACCGGGUCCCCCCACCAGCAUCAGGCUCGUGGACGUCUGGGGCUGCAACGCUGCCCUUGAGUGGACUCCACCUCAGGACACAGGCAACACAGAGCUCCUGGGCUACACAGUGCAGAAGGCAGACAAGAAGACAGGGCAAUGGUUCACGGUGCUGGAGCGCUACCACCCGACCACCUGCACCAUCUCCGACCUCAUCGUGGGCAACUCCUACUCCUUCCGGGUCUUCUCAGAAAACCUGUGUGGUCUCAGCUCCUCAGCGGCCAUCACCAAGGACCUCGCCCACAUCCAGAAGGCAGAUAUUGUCGCCAAACCCAAAGGGUUUGUGGAGCGAGAAUUCUUAGAGGCCCCCACCUUCACCCAGCCCCUGGCUGACCACACCUCCACCCCUGGCUACAGCACCCAGCUGUUCUGCUGCGUGAGGGCCUCACCCAAGCCCAAGAUCAUCUGGAUGAAAAACAAGAUGGACCUCCAGGGCGACCCCAAGUACCGCGCCCUCUCUGACCAAGGCAUCUGCACACUGGAGAUCCGGAAGCCCUGCCCCUUUGACUCGGGGGUCUACACCUGCAAAGCCAUCAAUGUGCUGGGGGAGGCCUCUGUGGACUGCCGGUUGGAGGUCAAAGGUGCCACGACCUAA